AUGACAGCGACUUCUAAAAAAACAGACGUUGACGCUUCCUCGUCUGCGGCCGGAUCAGCAAUGGUGACCGUGCACGCCCUCUCCGCAGGGCACUUCUCCCUUCCCGAGUAUCAGUUUGUGCAUCCCUGCGACGAGGGCGCCCGCAACACCGUUCCUUCGCUCGCGUUCCUCAUCCAGCGUGAGGAUUCGUUGACGGGACAGACAACUCGCAUCGUGUUCGACUUGGGAGUGCGGCGAGAUACCGAGCGAUACUCGGAGCCGAUCCGGAAACAUAUAGAGACGAGGCAGCCGAUGAGCACGGAUCCGGAUGUCGUGAAGAGUCUGGCUGCGGGCGGUCUCACUCCGGAUGACAUUGACUACGUGAUUCUCUCUCAUGUGCACUGGGAUCACGUUGGAGAGCCCCGAGAUUUCCCUACAAGCCAGUUCAUCAUCGGCUCGGGUGGGAAGGAUCUGCUUCGGGGCAGUCCGUCUUCGCUCCGAGGGGGCCACUCCUUCUUCGAAGCCGAUCUGCUGCCCGAGGGUCGAAUGCACGAGCUUGCAGACCCUUCGCAUGAGGACCACGGCACGCCUCUCCCAGCGCAGGCCGGCCAGCCCAACUUUCGUGCACCCUGGACAGCUCAUCCGUCAGGUGUCUUUCCCCACGUGCUUGACAUAUUUCAAGACGGGAGCCUGUACAUUGUUGAUGCACCAGGUCACUUGCCAGGCCACAUCAACAUGCUGGCAAAGACCGGAGCCAGCACAAGCGUGUAUCUGGGGGGCGAUGCAUGUCACGACAGGAGAAUCAUCCGGAAGGAAAAGGAAAUCGGCACGUGGCCAGAUGCGGAGGGCCAUGUGUGCUGUAUCCAUGUAAGUCGGGAAAUGGCCGAGCAGACAAUUGAGCGGAUCAGGAGAGCCGAGGCGGAGGGAGUGGAGGUCAUUCUGGCGCAUGAUGUGGAAUGGGAGCGAGAUGCGAGGAACAGACUUCGCUUUUGGGGAGCGAAGUGA